AUGCCACCCAAGAGAAAAUCCACAGAAGUAGCGCAGUCUGCGGAAACCCAGAAACGAGCCAGAUCUGGCCAGGACACCUCUCCCUUCGAGCUUAAACUCACCCGUAACGCACGCCUGACCCCCGGGUCUACGACUGCAGAUGCGGAUAUCGCGUGGGCCAAACUUUGGGAGGACCCUGCCAAGGCUUUUGAAUACGUAUCUAUAGCUCCAUUGCACUACGGAUCCAAAAGCACCCCUUGGGAUGGGGGUGAGGAAUCUGAAGACGAGGAUGAAGACGAAGACGAAGACGAAGAUGAGGAGGGUCAUCCGAAUCCGAAUACUUUCCUUGGCGCGAAGCCCUUGGUCAAAAGCUCAGAUCAUACUUGGAUUAUCACCCACGCUGGAUUUGAAAAGUGUGCGUCGGCCCAACGUCUUGGUAUAACCCGCGACCCAGACGAGCUCGCAAUGUACACAUUCAACGAUCACUAUGGGUACGGUACCCUGGAGCUUGUUGAGAAUUUCAUGCUGGACUUUGACCUGGCGAAGAGCGAUUGGAAAGAGCAGUGGGCACUCUGCGAAGCGCUGGGUCUAUUCAUCCGUCAUGGUUCCGCCGAUGCAAUGAUGCAAAUCGACGAUGGGGAAGGCGCGAAAGCAAUUUCUCGGCUUAUCAAGACCAUGUUCUUGACCAUGCUCGCUACACUGGAGCGAAACUCAGUUCUGAAACCGGAUUCCGAGAUUAAGGAUCUUGGCCAUAUGAUGGCGCUCUGGCUACGACUUUCAGAAGAUCCCAGCUCGAUAUUUGAGGUCUUGGAUGAAUCUGCUGGAACUCGUCGAUUGGGAAGUAUUAUCAUGGCUUAUGCCAUGAAAUAUAAUAUUUCCCUCCCGAAUCCAGGAAACCUGGACUCCCUCAAGGGAGUUGUGGUACCGCGGGCUGAGAAGGUUAAGCUUCCUGCGCCUGACUCUAAGAAGAAUGACCCUUGGAACUGGGCCAAGGCCCUGAAGGAUUAUGAACGCAACUUCAGCAUGUCGAUUGCUGGAUUCGCGUCAGGUUCGGUCGGUGGUGAUAAGCUAGAUAUGACAACAUGGACCUCUGAGAGGCGCGCAAAGUACGCUUUCGAUGGGAAAGACCCCAUUACUGAGGAAGUUAGGAACUCUCUUAGGCCUCGCGAGGGCCCACAAUAA